AUGCUUGACGAUCACGAUCGGUUUGGCCUAUUUGGAAUGCUGGGAGUUAUUCGCACCGCAGAUCAGGAUUCCACCACAUUAACUCUCGGCCGCGAUUUGACUACUUUGGGGCUCAGUCUGAACUCGGCAGAACCGCUAUAUGGAACGUUUGCAUCACCAUGGUUUGAGGUACCGACGUCGGCGGACGUAGAGGCAGAAUUCCAUGUGCCUGCAUGUUACAACGUUCAACCUCCACCUCCACCGCAAGCGAAGCUCAGCUCAGUUUUGGACGAGACACUCUUUUACAUGUUCUACUCUAUGCCGAGAGACGCCCUGCAGGACGCUGCAGCCAUUGAGCUUUACAAUCGGCAUUGGCGGUAUCACAAGGAGCUGAGGUUAUGGCUCAUGAAAGAUCAAGCCUCAGAGCAGUCGAAAACGCCGACAUUCGAGAGGGGAAGCUACAUUUUCUUUGAUCCGAACAGCUGGGAGAAGGUGAAGAAGGAGUUCAUUGUCAUGUACGAUGCCCUGGAGGAACGCCGGCAAGUCAGUGCUCUUCCACCCAACGGCAGCGCAGUCUCGGGCGCUCAUCCCACUGGAGCAACUACUGUUAACGGCGGUCUGUCCCUCUCUGGGUUGCCACAUGAGGGCCUAAGGAGAUCUAUCGCACAGCAAGGACAGGCACUCUGA